CGCUCGGUGAAGAUGUCUGCGACGGGUACAGGCGGCUGUGGACCCGGACCCGGACCCACCUCGGGCGCCGGGUCCGGGGCUUCCAACCCCCGAAAGUUUAGCGAGAAGAUAGCGCUGCAUACCCAGCGACAAGCCGAGGAGACGGCCGCGUUCCAGGAGGUUAUGAUGGACAUCACCUCGACCAGGCUUCAGGCACAGAAGCUCCGUCUCGCCAGGAGUCAGGGUCCGUACUAUGGUGGCUCGCUACCCAACGUCAACCAGAUCGGCAGGAACCCUCAGGACUUCCAGGGCUCCUUCCCCUCCACUCUGGAGUCCAACCGGUCCACCCGGCAUCACGGUCUGGUGGAGCGCGUUCAGAGAGACCGCCGUUUCAUCUCACCAGUUCGACCAUACCGCAACCGACAAGUGGACAGCUCGCCGUAUAACUCCGCCUACUUGUCCCCACCACCUGACCCCAGCUGGAGAAGGAAUUGGUCCGGAAACUUCCCCGGGGAUAAAAGCCAGUUGUUUCGUCUCCCCACCACUGCACUCAACAGGACAAACUCUGACUCAGCCCUCCACACCAGUGUGAUGAACCCUCCCACAGGAGACCCCUUCACCACAGGAGGACCUACCCUCACCCCCCAGGGCAACAGACGCACAGGUCAGAGUGAUGGAGAGGGCAGAAGAAUGUUUCCGUACCCUGUGCCCCCCAUUGAGGAGAAUAUGUUGGAUGAGGGGAAACUGCUCAAACCCUGGGACACGAAGAAGUUGCCUCUUCUGACGUCCCGACCCAAAUCCUGUGAAGUUCCUGGUAUCAACAUCUUUACGUCCCCGGAGCAGCCGUCCACGCCGGCUCACGGCGUCCCAUCGGCCCUCAACACCGGCGGCUCCCUGCCCGACCUGUCCAGCCUCCACUUCCCCUCCCCGCUGCCAACACCACUUGACCAGGACGAGCCGGGCUACCCAGGAUCCUCGUCUCUGAGCGGGGGGAGCAGCACAGGGAACCUGGCCUCCACCCUCACUCAGCUGGGCAUCAACGCCGCCAACGCACAGGGAGGCAACGGCAACUUCCACCACCACGCACCAGGUCUCCUGGCGUCUCUACAGAGCACGCUCAGUAACCCCUCCCUGCAGUCAUCACUAAGCAACCCCAACAUCCAGUCAUCACUCAGCAGCCACUCCUUCUCCAACUCUUUGAGCUCCGCCUCCCUGCACUCGUCGCUCAGCAACCCCUCGCUGCAGUCGUCCCUCAGCUCCUCGCCGUCUCUUCCCUCCUCCCUCAGCAGCCAGUCGCUGCACUCCUCCCUCAGUAACUCCUCCCUCCAGUCAGCGUCCAGCGGUAACCCCGGCUACAACAGUGGCGUGGGCGGCUCCAGCUCCUGCUCUUCCUCCUACUCGCCACUGCUCAGUGGACAAGGCCAACCGUCGCUCAGCACGUCGCCACGGAGACGGGCACAGCUCUCCCCACUCAUCCUGCCCAUGGGAGGGGAGUCGCGGAGGCAUCACUCAAAACAGUUCUCCCCCACCAUCUCCCCCACCCUGUCCUCUAUCACACAGGGCGUCCCUCUGGACACCAGCAAACUGCCUCUGGACCAGAGGCUCCCUCCGUACCCACUCAGCCAGUCCCACCAGCACCAGCCAGGCUCCCACCAGCCUCUCCCCGGUCUGCAGGGCUCCCAGCCUGGCCAGCAGCCCUCUCAGAUGAGCCAGCACCACCACCAACAGCUGCACCGCCUCCAGCAGCCGCGGCCCAAUGCUCAGCAGCAGCAACAGUCGCAGUCCAUGCAGCAGCUCCACCUGCAGAACCUGCGUAACUCACAUAACCAGCACAUGCAGCAGCAAUUUGGAUCGCAACAGAGGUCGAUGGGGCAGCAGAUGAACACAGCGAACUCUCAGCUGAUAAAGAAUGAAAGGCCGAUGGAUCACUGUGUCCAGAGCUCCUCUCAGUGUCACGUUAAACAGGAAGCAGAGCAGCAGGCGGAGCAGCAGAGAGCCGGCGGUCUCCCUCAGCUCCAACAGAUCAGCCACAACCUGGCUACAGACCUUUACAACGAUGCCUUGUUCAACUCUCUUCUGGACGACCCAUAUCUGAGUCUGCAGCUUUCGGGCAAAUCCAACCAGCAGUUCACAGCAGAGAACCAGGGUGACGGUCUGUCUCUGAACCACAGCGGUCUGAGCUGCAGCAGCACCGACAAGAACCAGUACCCCUCCAACAUGCAGGGGCACCUGGACCUGCAGGAUCCCGGAGACCAGCAGCUCCUCAACAACCAGAACCAGAACUACGGCAGUGGGGACGGACGACACAACGUGCCCAACAUCAUCCUCACUGGCGACUCCCCGCCGGGUUUGUCUAAAGAGAUUGCCAGCGCUCUGUCCCACGUCCCUGGCUUUGAGAUGGAUCCCUUCUCCCUGGACGACCCCCUCAGGAUGGACCCCCUGGCUCUGGACAUGUUGGACGGCGACUUGAUGCUCGCCGACCCGGCUGUGGAGGACUCCUUCCGAUCUGACCGGCUGAAGUGACCCCGCAACCCCCCCGCGCUCCAGGAGCUCGGAGGGAGUCGGUGAAGGAGAGGGCCACCCUGAUGGAGGUGGAGAGACUGGGAUCUGCGCCGCUCCGCCGCCCACUCACCGCUCCCCCCACAAGACAGUCUGCAGAGCGAGGCGUGGAAGUAACUCGGGAACCUGCGGGAGUCUCGGUGAGAAGAGAUUUCUGUCCGGGUCGUGAUGAACUGAAGGAGGGGGGAGUUUUCCGUCGAAGGCACUUAACUGAAAACGCUCUUGCAAUGCUUGAAGUCAAGAAAAAAAAAAACAGAUGCUUCUCUUUUUAGGCAUUAGCUUGUACGAGUCUUAUCUGCAUGUUAAUGAAAAAUGCACUCGCGUAAAUGCAAACACGCAGGAAUAAACCGCUCACGUGACGUCGGCUUUAUGUAAAGAAACCGUCUGUAAAAACCAGCAACGCUUGGAAGAUCUUGAAAAGAAUUUUGCAUCCAGAUACGCGUGGAUCUUCCCCACGGCAGAGCUCUCUGACUGGUCUCUGCUCCACCCGGCAGCCAUGUUCUCGACAGGAAACAAGAUGUGUGAUUGGUUCGGAUGAUUUUACCCCAGAACUCUUUAGGUUAGGAACCAGCCAGAGGCCAAUACAGUUGAUGUUUGGCUUUCUCUGCUUUAUCAGCCACUUUGACAGGAACUCAGCCAUGACCUAGAGCUCUAUAUAUUUUUGAAAUAAUAUGUUUCUUGCUCCGACAGUCACAGAUGUCAGUUUAACAGCCUGAAAGAGGUUGUGAGAUUCUACUUAAACCAAACUGGUCAAAAGAAUUUAUAUUCAGUUAAUUAAAAGCAGGUUAAAGGUUUUGGAUGAAGCCCUCUCAGGAGUGCGUUCAGUGCUUAAAGCCCCUGAUAUGCUGCUUCUUUUCAAGUCAUAUAAUCAUCGUGAUGCCCCUGAUUUGUGUCCAAUUAGAGCAGCUUUAUACCCAUGAAAUUAUCCCGUGAUCACACAGGACGCUGUCCUCAAAACGCUGAAAUUUUUCUUUGUGAGUUGUGAAAUUGACUAAUCUGCUGUUCAGGACGUAAAUCAAAAAAAAACUUUUCGUCACAUGUGGAAUCACAUUUAUAUUCACAAUUAUACUUUUGUAUACUUUCUUCUUUACGACCGUUCAUCUACAGAGAGAUGGUAAAAUAAUCAGCUUAUCGGCUUUAUCAGCAAGUCACAGAAAUCUGGUGACUCCCCUUCUGUUCUUCAGCAAGAAGAGACGUCCAUGAAUGUCUUGUUUGUUUUUGUUUUUGACAUUAACAUCAGUUUUAGUGUGAGAAGACACAGAUAAAACCAAACUCAAUUUGGUUGAAGAGUUUGUCUUCUUUCUGCUACAAGUUGAAAUCUAUUUAUCAGAAUGUGUCUGCAUCAAUAAUUGUUAAUAACUUUGAGCAGAGUCUCAAAAAGAAUCUGAAGUGUCACAAGAUGGAGAAAAAAUAUAUAUCUUUGUUACACGUUUAUUUUUCUGACCAAUUUAUUAUUGUUAAAUUGUAGAUCUCUCUUCAUAUUUUUGUCACAGGGAGACAUUUCUCAAGACAAAAAGGUUGGGAAUCAUCAUCAUUUCCCACCAGGAACCACCAAAACUCACUGCGUUACAUUUGUGUCCGACACUUUAAUUCAGAGCGACUCACACUUGAAGCCUUCAGCACACGAGAAAUGAGAAACAAAAGCGUCCUGUCUGAUCACAGAUAAUCAGUUUGUCUUUUAGUUGCUACAUCACUGCCAGCUACACGAGUGUCACUGUUAAGACUUUAUUUUACUGAGCCGCAGUCUGAAGUCUGAAACACGCUGCUGCGUCUGACAGAAUGCGACACACUGUAUGAACACACCACAUCACAGCGUGUGCAAUAAGAGGGAGUACAUCCUGUUGUUCUCGGAGUCACAUGUUUGGAUGGAUUCCAGUUAAAUCUUCACAGAUGUCUCAAAGAUUCAGAGACAAACACCUUUGGCAGCAUCACGUUUCAGACUUCACUCUCGUCCACAUUCCCUCUAACAGAGAAAACAUUAGUGUCUUGCUAAAGAAGAACGCGCUGACAAUGCAUCAGAUGCACUUGCCUGUAGUCGUGUGUGAAACUUGGCUGCUUUUUUAAUAGAAGAUUAUGCAUUUAAAUGAUGAAACUGAAUGUGAGGGUGAAUGAAAGAAUAGCAGAUGGGAAGCAGGGAUUCUGUACACCUCAGGCAAAGAAACCGAAAUCACACAGAGAUUUCUUUCAGUGACAAAUUUACGAACACGACAAAAUAUUAAUACACAGAUUAGUGUUGAUGUGCAGGAACCCUGAGCUCACAAAUCUGCAUCUUCUUCCCGCUGAAAUGUUCGUAUGACAGCUACAGUCGCCCCUCAGGCUUCAGCUUUAUCGCCCUUUCAGGUCAACUUCUUAAAGGGCAAUUCCACCAAUGUUUAUGUUGAUAUUUUAUAUAUGUUAACAGGCAUUUUCCCACAAAGUACCCCAAAGUGCCAAAAGGUCGUUACUCAAGGGCUGUAACUAUUUCUAUUAUCAAUCAAUCUGCCAAUUAUUUUCCAAAUUAACUGAUUAAUAAUUUAGUCUAAAACUUGUCAGAUGAUGGAGAAAAAUAGUAGUAGUUUUGUUUUUUUGUCCGACCAAAAGUCCAAAUAAAGUUUAAAUGAGUAAAAAGAAAAACAACCAGUUCAUAGCAUCAUUAAACAAAGAAAAACAGAAAAAGUUCACAUUUGAGAAGCUCACAUAGAAGAAUAUUAAGCUUUUUUUUUGUUUGUUUUUGUUUAAAGGGCUGAAAUUAGUCGAUUAUCAUAUUUUUUUCUUGCAGAAAUAUUUGCUAGAGUUUUUCUAUUUGAGCUUCUUAAUCAUGAGAAUUUUCUGAUCAUUGUAACGUAACGAUUUUGGGUUCGGACUGUCGGAGAUGACCAAACGUCGUAGAAAAUUCUUCACAAUUUAUAAACCAAACGUUUAAUCAAUUAGACGGGAGAUUGGUUGAUAAUAAAAACAACCCCUAGCUGCAGUUUUUAUUGCACCUGUAAUCAAACCCAGCAGUGAUGUCACUGUGUCCUGGAGCACACCUGUUCAUCACUGCAGCCAGGUGAGCAGUUAUAUUUUGAAGGGGUGUCACUUCCUGUGCCUUGCUCAGACAUUUGAAAGUAUAAAACAGAAAACAAGAUGUUGAACUUUAAUUUAAAAUCUUCCUCCGAUGAUGUGAUGUGAACUUUAUACCAACUGCGACCCCAAUGCAAUUUUUUGGCGGGAUUGCCCUUUAACCCCAGUCACUGUGAUUGACAGCCUUUAGCCCCGCCCCCCUCUCUACCUGCACUUGCUGCACCUGUGCUUUCAGCCCCGCCCAGGGCCGGAGCAUAGCAACAUAUUUUUAUGUAACAAAAGGUAAAAAAUGAUUAUUAUUAAUAUUAUUCUGACUAUAAAGAAGUUUUAUUUUUUAAUCCAAAGUGGUCUAAAUCUGUAUGUACAUAAUUUCUCAGAUAAUAUCUUUAAAUAAAUAAACACAGUAUAUUUAAGACGAGAAAGAAAAAAAAAAUCAGCUUGUAGAAGUUUGACGCCUGAAAUGAGUUUUUGAACAACAGCUUGUAAAAUUAGCUGCAUGUGUUUGUGUGAGCAUUUAUAGUAAAAACAUGUCGUUAUGAAA